GGAGCAUGAGCGCCACACCACGUGAGAGCGGGGGCGAGCUUCGUUUUUCUUGAACAGUGGCUCCGGCAGCGCAAUCUGAUUGUCUAUGUGCUCCAGUUAGAAUACUUAUGCGUGUCUAAGUGACUGCGAAGCCCAAAUUGGCACCGUAGCAGCCAGCACCAGUGCAGAGCAUCUCAAUUCUCCGAGCCAUUCUCCUGACCCUCUUGAGCAAUUUCUGCCUUAGGCUUCCAGCCCUGGCCGGGCUUCCCGCUCGGAAUGAACGACUACCUUUCCUACGUGGGCGGAGUGUACGGUGCCGUAGCGGCCACGGGCGCCGCAGCCUUUGCCUUGUCCUACAUGAGCGGACGAUCCUCAACAGCACCUAUCAAGUUGUUGGUCAGCCUAGACAAUCAGAGUCGUGAAGUGUCGGGCCUUGAAAAAAUCCGAAGCUCAAGAUUGUGCCCCAAUGGAAAAUACAUUGAGUAUUUGUAUGAAGAUUGCAGGACGCUUUUUGAUGUUAUGUACAGAGGAGCACGUGUGUCCAAUAAUGGACGGUGCAUGGGUUGGAGAAACCCAGGUUCUGGAGAGUACAAAUGGAUUCAUUACAACCAGGUGCUGGAGAGGAUCAAGUGUGUUGCCUGCGGCCUCGUAGCACUGGGGGAACAACCGGGACAGCAGACCUACAUUGGGCUUUUCACUCAGAAUUGUGUUGAAUGGAUCAUCACUGAGCAAGCGUGCUACUACUUUUCUAUGGUAAUCGUCCCAUUGUAUGACACACUUGGAUCAGCUGCGUGCACAUUCAUCAUAAAUCAAGCUGACAUUGAAACAGUGGUGUGUGAUACACAGGAGAAAGUCGAAUGCCUCCUCAAACAGGUCUCAGAGUGUCCCAAACUGAAACACAUUGUUGUGAUAAAGGACGUAACGGAAGAUGUGAAAAAGAAAGCGGAGCAGUUGAAAAUCACAUUGCUCAAAUAUUCGGAACUUGAAGAGCUGGGGGAGAAGAACUUCAGGCAUCCACUGCCUCCGCACACAACAGAUCUGGCAACAGUAUGCUACACAAGUGGUACUACCGGAAACCCAAAGGGUGUGAUGCUGACCCACCGCAAUAUUGUAUCUAACUUAUCAGCUGUGAUGUACCAAUUGGGAGAACUUGCUCCUGCUGGCAAUGAUGUCAUGAUGUCAUUUCUUCCAUUAGCUCACAUGCUGGAAAGAUGCUGUGAGAUGGCUCUCUACAUGGUUGGUGGUGCUGUAGGCUUUUACAGUGGGGACAUCAAGGAACUCGCCGAGGAUAUGAAGGCACUAAGUCCAACCAUUAGCCCUACUGUGCCUCGCCUGUUGAAUCGAAUUCACGAUAAGGUCAUGUCUGUCUGCAAUGCCAGCUUCAUAAAGAAGACUCUUCUCCAUUUGGCUUUGAGAAGCAAGGAAGCAGACCUUAAAAGGUUCGUUGUCAACCAGAACAGCAUCUGGGACAAACUAGUAUUCAGAGCAGUACAAGAAACUAUGGGUGGUCGACUAAGGCUCAUGGUUGUCGGGUCUGCACCUCUAGCACCGAACGUCAUCUCACUGGUCAGGUGUGCCUUAGGAUGCGUGAUUGUUGAAGGUUAUGGACAGACAGAGUGUACGGCCCCUUGUACAUUAACUAUUCCAGGUGACUAUGAUGCUGGCCACGUAGGUCCCCCAAUACCAGCGUGUAACAUAAAGCUGGUGGAUGUCCCUGACAUGGAGUACUAUGCGGCGAAUAAUGAAGGAGAGAUAUGCGUCAAGGGUCCAACAGUGUUCCAAGGUUACUUAAAGGACCCAGAGAUGACCGAGGAAGUUUUGGACAAAGACGGAUGGCUUCACACAGGAGACAUCGGAAAAUGGCUGGAAAACGGGUGCUUAAGAGUAACUGACAGGAAAAAACACAUCUUCAAAUUGUCUCAAGGAGAGUACAUUGCUCCCGAAAAGCUUGAAAACAUCUUUAUACGUUCAUUAUACGUAGCACAGAUCUUUGUUCAUGGAGAAAGUUUAAAGUCAUGUCUUGUAGCAGUAAUUGUACCGGACGAAGAUUACCUCUUGCACUGGGCACGUGCUAACAGCAUAUCUGGCACCUUCGCAGAGCUAUGCAAAAACAAUGUAGUAAAGAAAUCAAUUCUUGACGACCUUUGCACUCUGGGCAAAAGGUCAGGUCUGAAGUCAUUUGAGCUGCUGAAGGACAUCUACGUGCACAGUGAACCUCUGAGUGUUGAAAAUGGACUGCUCACACCAACGUUGAAAACAAAACGUCCUGAAUGCAGAAAGUACUUCAUGCCUCAAAUUGAACGCAUGUACAGAAGCUUAGCCUGAGGAACUAGUGUUAGCCACUAGAAAAAAAUGCACUAGACAAAAGAAAACAAAAAAAAAAGGUGAAAAGAAAUAGCUUUCGCUAGGACCAUAGAUUGCCAAAGCUGACGGCUUUGUGCUGGGAUUUGAGCUGGACAAGUAUCUUCCCAGUGAACUGCCCAUGUUCCCAUCACACAUUUUCAAGGAGCGAAUGGCCACCAGUAAUGCUCAGGUUACAGUAAACACGGGCUGUGUACUUAGGUAUCGUUGUGGCAUUUUUGAUUCGCUGUACAACGUCUAUAUUUAUUUCUCGAGUUUUGUUCAGUGUCCUUGUACUCAUUACGUUUCACGUUACUUUGAAAAAGAAGUGUUGUAUCACAACUGCUAAUGAAGCCUGACAGUAUGAUUUGCUGAUACAUAUUCAUAUCAUUUCACCUACAUUGUAGGGAUAUGGAAGGUGUAUGUGAAGGGUGAUAAGCAGACUAGUCAUAGAUUAAUAUUUUACCUCGUUAGCUUGAGUAGUCUGAGCAGUUUUUAAGUCCCUCAACAAGUACAUUAACUUUCCAAGGUACUAGUGCUUAACAUUUACUUAAGACUCUGAAAUGCUAUUGUAGAUCUUUCUUGCACCAGAUGAUGUCAUUUGCUGCAGAAUGCAUUCCAUUACAUGUUGGUUCUUGUAUAACUUAAUAGUGUACUUUAAACUUUUUUAACGACAGCACUUUUAAUGCUGCAGUCCUUUGGACACAGCUUGAAGAUGGGUGCUAGUGGAAUGCACUCCCAUGUUUUAUAUUAGAAGUUGCACAUAAGCAGAAAUACAUCUAGGUAUAGUACUCAGUCCUCUAGGAAGCAUCUGAAAUUUCAUGCAUCAUGCUAUGUAAGGUAGUAGUACUACUGUACUCUGGAACUUUAACUGUGAAAAAAAAAAAAGAGAGGAAAAUUGACGAAAAUGUGUGCAGAUUUACCCACAUGGCAAUAAUGGUCUUUACCACACAAGGAAAUGUCAGAUGCCAUUCUAGUGCAUUCCUGGACUGACGUUAAGGUACCAAAUUUGUGGAUACCAAAACUUUGUUACAUACCUGCACCAAAGGUUUUACAAGAGUUUCCAGGAAUCCUGCCUGGUAGAUUGAGAAUUGUGUAACAACGAUUUAUGUACCUACAUUCCACUUGAGUUCUACUACCCCUUCUUCAGAAAAUAAACUGGUUACUUUAUACGAUGA